AUGGAGGCGACGCCCGAGGGGCUCGCCGUGGCCGCGGCGACGCGGGAGCUGCUCGGCAAGAAGCGCAAGGCAGCUCAAGAUGCUCCGGAAGAGCCUCAAAGCUCCAAAAAGCUGUCACGGCCGCCCCCGACCUGCACUCACGAGGUCGCGAGGCCCGAGGGGUUCGACGACGCCACUGUAGACCUCGAUGAGAAGACGCAUG